AUGUACACCUCAAAUAAACUCGUGAUCCCUGCCGCGUACCCAAGGCAAGUAGGUUCAACUAUUUUCGACGCAAAGUUGAAGCUCUGCUACAGAAAAUAUACCCCCAAUUAUGAAACAAUUCAAGAUAAGAAAAUUUUGAUUAAUCUUGUAUUCAUCCAUGGGACUGGGAUGAACAAAGGUAUCUGGAAAUAUCACAUCGAAAACUUGUAUCGCCUAUACAAUUCCGAGUCUAACUCUUCAGGAAUUGGAAUUGGAAAUGUAUUGACACCAGAUAUGGUUAAUCAUGCAGACUCCGCCGCUUUAAACCAAGAGAACCUCGGUGAAGAGAUGUUCGAUUGGAUAGAUGGUGCUAGGGAUGUAGUUGAAAUGAUUAAAUUUGAAGAUGGAGCGUUCAGGAAUGUAGGCUUCAAAAAUAUUAAUCUUCUCGUGGGUCACUCGAUGGGUGGAUUCAUUUCAUUGAUGACUCAAUACCUAAAUCCAGGAAUUUUCCAUGCGGUGGUUCCCUUGAAUCUAAUCAUGUAUUACCCAGAAGUAGAGGGUAUGCAUCAAGUCAGUGCGGCAAUGUUUAAGGAUUGGGCAAAUAGGGGGUUCAUGAGAGACAAGUUUGAGAUUGUAAAUUAUGAUAACCGAUUCGAAGUCUCUGAUGCAUUCUUCAAGAAGAGAUCGUUCUACAGGAAGUUCCAUCCAAUGGUUUUAAAAUAUUUAUUGGAUGAUGACAUAUACGAAGAAGGCGAAUGUCUAGAGGCUAGAGGGGACACUACGCAUGUGUAUACGAAGACUACAGUGAAGGACCAACUUAUAACGUAUUGCUCUGCAUCAGUUUCCGUACCCAUCGGGAUGAAGCUCUAUAAGAAAGUUGAUAUUCCAGUAUACUACAUUUUAAGCUCAGAAGAUAAUACAUUGCCCGAUGCAAAGUCUUUCUUCGUGGAGCAACUCAAACAUGUAAUUCGCCAAAUAGACUGCAAGGGGAACCACAUAGUGAAUGGAGAGGACCCCGAUUUAAUAAUUAAAAUAAUACAAGAAAUUAUUGAGGAAAGAGCUAAAGAAGAUGGCUCCAAAAUUGAAGAGUUGCGCCCUAAAGAGCAAGUGUUAGAUACACAACAAGCUGAAAGAGUUAGGAGACAAGCUAUUUUGAGAGAGCAUUUUGAGAAGAGGACGUCUAUCAAAUUAUAG